AAAAAUCCUCCAAAUGUUCUUCUGAAUCCAAAAGCCAUGGUAGAUCCUCUCCCUAGACGUUUCCUCUCUUCCCACAAAUCUCUCGUCACUGUUUUCUGGAUCGCCACUUUCGCUUCCUUAUUCAUCUGGCAAUUCGGCGGCGUUUCUACAAAUCUCUACACUGGUUUCUCCGUUUUCUGGUCGUCUUCAACAACAACAACAACAACCACCGCAGCCUCCGGAGAAUUUCCCAAGCUCAGACCUGUAGUUUUCAAUUUAACAGACUUUGGUGCCGUUGGUGAUGGUGUCACAGUCAACACUGAGGCUUUCGAGAGAGCUAUUUAUAAGAUCUCAAAGCUUGCUAAGAAAGGAGGUGGUCAGCUUAAUGUUCCUCCUGGUCGUUGGCUCACUGCUCCGUUUAAUCUCACUAGUUAUAUGACUCUUUUCCUCGCCGAGAACGCCGAGAUUCUCGCUCUCCAGGAUGAAAAGUAUUGGCCUUUACUUCCUCCUUUACCUUCAUAUGGUUAUGGAAGAGAGCAUCAUGGACCUCGUUAUGGGAGUUUCAUUCAUGGACAGAAUCUUAGAGAUGUUGUUGUCACAGGGAAUAAUGGUAGCAUCAACGGGCAGGGGCAAACGUGGUGGAAGAAGUAUCGCCAAAAGCUGCUUAACCACACGAGGGGACCCCUGGUGCAGAUAAUGUGGUCAAGUGACAUUGUUUUUGCCAAUAUCACUUUGCGUGAUUCACCAUUUUGGACGCUUCACCCAUAUGACUGCAAAAAUGUCACAAUCACCAAUAUGACCAUUUUGGCGCCUGUGUUUGAAGCCCCAAACACUGAUGGUAUCGAUCCUGAUUCGUGUGAGGACAUGUUAAUUGAGAACUCUUACAUCAGCGUUGGGGAUGAUGGAAUCGCAAUAAAGAGCGGUUGGGAUCAGUAUGGAACUACCUAUGGACGACCGUCAAAGAACAUACUCAUCCGCAACCUCAUCAUCCGCUCCAUGGUUAGCGCUGGUAUAUCAAUAGGAAGUGAGAUGUCUGGUGGUGUCUCAAAUAUCACAGUCGAGAAUAUUCUGAUUUGGAGCUCCCGGCGUGGAGUUAGGAUUAAAACCGCACCAGGACGAGGUGGGUAUGUCCGGGAUAUAACAUUCCGGAAUGUCACAUUGGAUGAAUUGAGAGUUGGCAUUGUCAUUAAAACGGACUACAACGAGCACCCAGAUGGUGGAUUCAAUCCCCAAGCUUUCCCGAUACUCGAAAACAUAAACUACACCGGGAUUUACGGUCAAGGAGUGCGUGUACCAGUGCGUAUCCAAGGAAGCAAAGAGAUUCCGGUUAAAAAUGUAACCUUCAGGGACAUGUCAGUGGGGAUAACGUACAAGAAAAAGCACAUAUUUCAGUGUGCGUACGUGGAGGGGCGUGUGAUAGGCACCAUCUUCCCAGCUCCGUGUGAGAACCUUGAUAGGUAUGAUGAGCAGGAACGGUUGGUGAAGCAAUCUGAUUCCCAGAAUGCAACAGAUAUAGACUACGAGAUCUGACCAACAAGAGACAUGGGUUUGGCCUCUGCAACAAAUUUGUUUCGUUGGAGUUUGUACAUAUACAGAGGAAUUUGGAAACCAAAGCAGAUCACAGUCAGAUUAAAUUGUAUUUGCACUCACAAAGAGGAAUUUUUCCAUUGGUCAGUUAUGUUAUUGGGUUCUUGUCUAUCUAGCUUUGUUAUACACAUAAAUGGGAAUGGUGAGAUUCGAAUAUAUUGCUUUUGCGGCA